AGAAAUCUUUUGUCCAAAUCCUCCCUCUAUCCUUAAUGGGCAGCACAAUGGGCCUUCUCAGGGAGAUGUUCCCUAUGGAACGGAAGUAAGUUACAUGUGUGACCACCACCCAGCCGGAGGGAUGACCUUCAACAUUGUUGGGAAGAGCACCCUCCGCUGCACAAGUGACGAUGAAGGGAACGGGAUUUGGAGCGGCCCUGCCCCUCGCUGCAAACUUGCUGGUCCUGCAGGUUACUGUAAAGCCCCAGAAGCGUUUCCAUUUGCCAAGCCUACAGUCCUGACUGAUGAGUCUGAGUUUCCAAUUGGGACAUCUUUGAAUUAUGAAUGUUCCCCUGGGUAUUUUGAGACUACGUUUUCAAUCACCUGCUUAGAGCACUUGGUCUGGUCGAGUGCCGAAGGUAUCUGUAGACGAAAAUCAUGUGGAGCUCCACCAGAACCCUUUAAUGGCGCGGUGCAUAUAAACACAGAUACCCAGUUUGGAUCAACAGUUCAUUAUUCUUGUAAUGAAGGGUAUCGACUCAUUGGCUCCCCUUCCUCGGCUUGUCUCCUGUUGGGCAGUACUGUCACUUGGGAUAAGGAUGCACCUGUGUGUGAGGAAAUCUUUUGUCCAAAUCCUCCCUCUAUCCUUAAUGGGCAGCACACCGGACCUUCUCAGGGAGACAUUCCCUAUGGAAAGGAAAUUACUUACACAUGUGACCACCACCCAGCCAGAGGGAUGACCUUCAACCUCAUCGGGGAGAGCACCCUCCGCUGCACAAGUGACGAUGAAGGGAACGGGAUUUGGAGCGGCCCUGCCCCUCGCUGCAAACUUGCUGGUUCUACAGAAUGCCCCCAUCUGCCCAAGAUCCACAAUGGAUAUUACCUUGAAAGACCUGCAUCUCCAUAUCUUCCGGGAAUGACUGUCAACUACACUUGUGACCCAGGCUACUUGUUGGUGGGAAGAGCCUUCAUAUUCUGCACAAACCAGGGAACCUGGAACCAAUUUGAUCAUUUUUGCAAAGAGGUAAAAUGUAUCAUCCCAGAGUUUAUGAAUGGAAUCCGGAAGGAGCUGGAAAUGAGAAAAGUGUAUCACUAUGGAGAUAAUAUAACUUUCGAGUGUGAGGAUGGGUAUACUCUGGAAGGCAGUCCCCAGAGCCAAUGCCAGGCAGAAGACACAUGGAACCCUCCUCUUGCCAUAUGCACAUCUAGUAAAUGGAGCUGCAAGAAAUGCACAAGCGCUCUCAUAGUCGGUAUUUUCUUUGGCGUGAUCUUCUUUCUUUCAUCUGUCAUUGGCUCUUAUUGGAUAAUUGUAAAGCUCAAAAAAAGCAAGAAUACAGAUGGGAAACCUAAAGAGAUGAUCCAUUUACAUCCUCAAGAAGACAACAGUGUAAAGCCUCAGACACUGCAAACCAAUCAGGAAGACAGCAGUGCCCUUCCUUGACAAAGUACCAGAGCUGGGGAA